AUGGGCCCCUGUACCGCCUCCUCAUGCUGCUGCCAGGCCCCUAAUCUGCCAUGGGCCCCUGUACCGCCUCCUCAUGCUGCUGCCAGGCCCGUAAUCUGCCAUGGGCCCCUGUACCGCCUCCUCAUGCUGCUGCCAGGUCCACAGUCUCUCAUGGGUCCCUGUACGGCCUCCCAUUGCUGCUGUCUCCAUCGCCACACUCUGCCAUGUACCACUUUCAGGUCUCCUCACACUGCUGGUGUGUUCCAUUUUUUGUCAUAGGGUGCUGGCAGAUUACGUGCCUCCCAUAGCUGCUGCCAGGCUCCCUAAUCUGCCAUGGGCCCCUGUACCGCCUCCUCAUGCUGCUGCCAGGUCCAGAGUUCUCUCAUGGGUCCCUGUACGGCCUCCCAUUGCUGCUGUCUCCAUCGCCACACUCUGCCAUGUGCCACUUUCAGGUCUCCUCACACACUGCUGGUGUGUUCCAUUUUUUGUCAUAGGGUGC